GGUGGCUGGUCCUGCUAGCUCCCUGCUCUCGGGCGCGGGGCUGCGGCACCGGCUGGAGCGAACCCCUGGCCCGGCUUUGGGGCGCGGCGGCGGGCAGAGAGGCAGGCACUGCCUUGCGUGUGAGUGCGCCUCACUCACAUACCUAACCCAAGGAGCGCCUAAGGGCAGCCUGUCCAGCAGCCCCCCUCGGAAGCCCGAGAAAGCCGCACUUCGGUGGCCCCAGAAGAGCACAGCGGAGACCACCACGAGCCCCCGACACGGGGCGCACAGGAGCCGGGAAGCCCGACGCGGGGGGCAAGCAGACCGCCCGGGCCAGGCGCGAGCCAAGCUCCCCGAGGUGGCCGGGUCACCAUGCUGAAGAUGGCCCUGAAGCUCAAAGCCCGAGUGGCCGAGAGCGAGAGGAAGACGGCCGCGGCUGCCGCCGAAGUGGCUGCCGAAGCUGCCGUGGCGGCUGCGGUGCUGGCCGAGCCGCUGGCCCCUCAGAGGAACGGGGACCCCGGGAAGCUCCCCAAGUCCGGCAAGGUCCUCGGGAACGCCGGGCGCGAUGUGCCGCGCGAAAAGUUGCUCACCGAAAAAGAGCGCAGGAAGCUGGAGAAGAAGUGGCUGGAGCAGAGGAAAAAAGAGGAGAAGAAGAGAGAGAAGGAGAGGAAGAAGUUGGAGAAGAUGCUGAAGAAGAAGAAGAAGAAUGUGCCAGAAGCCCGGGCAGAGGCCCGCGGCCCCGGGGUCGCCGCCGGCGCCGCUGCCGCCGCAGGCGCCACAGACGGGGCCGCCACGGAGGGCGCCGCCGGGCGCGGAGGGGGCGCCGCCGUCGGGGGCGCGAGUAGAGCCUGGGCCCAAUGGGACACUGACUCGGGAGAUGAAGACGACGCCUACUACGCUCCUCCUCGUGUCGGAGGCAUCGUGUGGAGGCCUGGGCCCGACAAAGCCGGAGCGCUGAGCGCGCACAUGCCCCUCGUGGUGUUCCUGGUGUUCUCCGUGCGCAGCCCCUCGUGGGUGCUCAACUUCCUGCUGCAGCGCCGCACGGAGAAGGGCCGGGGCUGCGGCUUCGUGUUCGGGGCGACCUGCUGCUUCCGAGUGUUCCUGGGCUGCGCCUUCUUCUCCUUCCUGAGUGGCCGUGGCAAGCGCAGAGGCCGUGGGCGCUCCCAGGCCAGGGGCUCGGGGCGCCGGGGGCGCGCCGAGCGGCUCAUCUAGUCAGGCCCCCCCACCCCCCCACCAUCGCCAUCCACAUCCACAUCCACAUCUACCACCACCACCACCACCACCACCACCACCACCACCACCACCUCCACCACCAUUGCCGUGUAUUGUGGGAUCUUUAUUAGUGCUUGUGUGUGGACACAUUUUUCCUUUUCAGUUGCUCUCGUCCUCUUGCUUCGUGCUCUCCUUGCUUUUCUGCACAUUUCCCUGCUCUCAGGCUCUCUCAGUGUCUCUCUCUCUCUCCUCUCUCUCCUUUUCGAAAUUUUCCUAAGUCCGGGCCCGCGCUCCCUCCCUUUCCGCCCACCCCGGCCCCUUGGCGGCGCCCGCCCGCCCUGCUGCAGGAGGAGGGGGAUCGGGGGCCGCCCGGCCCGGGGGGGUGGAGCGCUGGCAUCGUGCGAGGGGUCGUCACCACCGCGGGGCCGCCUCCUCUCCCCCCGCCAGCGGCCAGGCCCCGGCCCCAACCGCGGGCGGGGCGAGGAGGCGACCCCGCCGUGUCCACGGGCCCGGGCUAGAAGUGGGCGCAGGGACCCCUGCCCGGCCUCCGGGCACCACCUCCCUGCGCCCGCGCCCGCCCUCCCAGCCGCGGCCCUCCUCCUCCUCCUCCUCUUUCCACCCCCCUAGCCGCCUUCGCCUCCGCCUCCCCCCGCUCCCCCGCCCGCCGUGGUGGCGCUUUUGGGUCGGGGCGGCGGGCCCGGGCCGAGGCAAUAAGAACGGCGGCGGCGGCGUCGGCGGCAGCAGCUCCCGCGGCUCCUGCUCUGCUCCGCCUCGGCCCCGGAGCGAGGGGCGGAGAGCCGCGCGCUUGCCUUAGUCCGAGCCGCCACCCUCCCUCUAUUCCCCGCUUUCCCGGCCCGCCCGAGGCCGCCCGCCCCGUCCCCGCAGCCCGGCCGCGCCCCGUUGCCGCCAUGGGCUGCCUCGGCAACAGUAAGACCGAGGACCAGCGCAACGAGGAGAAGGCGCAGCGCGAGGCCAACAAAAAGAUCGAGAA